GCGUCACUGGCCCCGCCCACGGCGCGCGCCGGCGCAGUACGAGCUUACGGAUUCGGGCCAUGGCGCUGGCAGGUGCACCAGAAGUGAUCCGGGCGGCGCAGAAGGACGAGUACUACCUGGGAGGGCUGCGGAGCGCCGCGGGGGGAGCGCUGCACAGCCUAGCGGGUGCAAAGAAAUGGCUGGAAUGGAGGAAAGAGAUCGAACUGCUCUCAGACAUAGCCUACUUCGGCCUCACCACAAUUGCAGGCUACCAGACACUUGGAGAGGAGUAUGUGGGGAUCGUGCAAGUGGACCCAUCCCAACAACGUGUGCCCUCCAGGCUCCGCCGUGGAGUGCUGAUUGCACUGCAUGCCAUCCUGCCCUACCUGCUGGACAAGGCCCUGCUGCCCCUGGAGCAGGAGCUACAAGCCGAUGGCGAUGGCACACGGGCCUCACAGGGAAGCCUGCUGCUGUCUGGGGGGCGCAGCCGGUCAGGGGCACGGCGCUGGGUGCGUGACCAUGCAGCCACCCUGCCUGAGCAGCAGAGGAGGGCGCUGCAGCGGGCAGUCUUCAUCCUUAGACAGGGCUUUGCCUGCCUGCACCGGCUCCACGUCGCUUGGUUUUACAUUCACGGUGCCUUCUACCACCUGGCCAAGAGACUAGCCGGGAUUACUUACCUCCGGACCCGCCGCCUUCCUGGAGAGGACCUGAGGGCACGCACUAGCUACCGGCUGCUGGGGCUUGUCUCCCUGCUGCACCUGGCACUGUCCGUGGGGCUGCAACUGUACAGCUUCAGGCAGAAGCAGCGAGCCAGGAAAGAGUGGCGGCUGCACCGCAAUCUGUCCCACCGAAGGAGCUCCCUGGAGGACAGAGCUGUCUGCAGAGCCCCACUGUGCACCCUCUGCUUGGAGGAACGCAGACACUCCACAGCUACACCGUGUGGCCACCUCUUCUGCUGGGAGUGUAUCACAGAGUGGUGCAACACCAAGACAGAGUGUCCCCUGUGCAGAGACAAGUUCCCACCCCAGAAGCUGGUCUACCUGAGGCACUACCGCUGACCAGGACCAGAUCCUUACCAGACAGCUCCAAGGAGUGGAUGGGAGCUGGGCAUGGUGGCACACGCCUUUAGUCCCAGCACUUGGGAAGACAGAAGCAGGUGGAUCUCUGUGAGUUUGAGGCCAGCCUGGUCUACAAAACAAGUGCAAGAGCCAAGACUA